GCGUGGUGCUCUGGGAGCUGUAGUCGACGGCGCGUUGCCCUGACGCCGGCCGGGCCCGGGCGUGGGGGCCUGUGGGAGGUGGCGCGGCCGGGCCCAGCUGCGGGGCGGAGGUGGAGGCGAGGCCUGCGGCUGCGGGGAGCGGCAGGCCGGUAGUGGGCGCGGGAGCCGAGCCGAGCCGAGCCGAGCCGGAGUGGGCGCCGGAGGCCGGCGCGGCGAGCAGCAACCAUGUCGGUGUUCGGGAAGCUGUUCGGGGCUGGAGGGGGUAAGGCGGGCAAGGGCGGCCCGACCCCCCAAGAGGCCAUACAGAGGCUUCGGGACACGGAGGAGAUGCUAAGCAAGAAGCAAGAGUUCCUGGAGAAGAAGAUCGAACAGGAGCUGACGGCUGCCAAGAAGCACGGCACCAAAAAUAAGCGCGCGGCCCUGCAGGCUCUGAAGCGCAAGAAGAGGUAUGAGAAGCAGCUAGCACAGAUUGAUGGUACCCUGUCAACCAUCGAGUUCCAGCGGGAGGCCCUAGAGAACGCCAACACCAACACAGAAGUGCUCAAGAACAUGGGCUACGCCGCCAAGGCCAUGAAGGCUGCCCACGACAACAUGGACAUCGAUAAGGUGGAUGAGUUGAUGCAGGACAUUGCUGACCAGCAAGAACUUGCAGAGGAGAUCUCCACAGCCAUCUCCAAACCUGUGGGCUUUGGAGAAGAGUUUGAUGAGGAUGAGCUCAUGGCAGAGUUGGAGGAACUUGAACAAGAGGAGCUAGACAAGAAUUUGUUGGAGAUCAGUGGGCCGGAAACAGUCCCUCUACCAAAUGUCCCCUCUGUAGCCCUCCCAUCCAAGCCCGCCAAGAAGAAGGAAGAGGAAGACGACGACAUGAAGGAACUGGAGACCUGGGCCGGAUCUAUCUAACUGUUCCAGCAGAGGCUGGGCCCAGACGGACUCUGGUGGCCUGUGCAUCGGGCAGGCAUGUGUGUGCGCAGGGCAGGCAGGACGCGGUGCAGGCAGCCUCCAUCGCUCAGCUCUCACCCAAAGCAGUAGGCCGCAUCACUGCUCACUCUCGCAUAGCAUGGUCUGUGCCCAGGGGCGGGUGGGGGGAGGGGUGGGCGGGUGGGAGGUGCCUGCUGUUUAUAAUGUUGAAUUUCUGUAAAAUAAACUGUAUUUGCAAAUCCAACACUGAGCUUCUGGACUACGCUAACCCCACUGCUGAGUCCUCUGUGGAGAGGGUCGGCCAUGUGCAGUUGAAACGAACCGGAAAUGUAGCCCGUGCAGCUGACUUGUCUCGCUCUGUAAGAUGUGUACGGUACUGGCAGAAAAGUCGUUUUUUAAAAGCCAUAGAUAGGCUUUUCCUUGUUCCUAGCUGUAAUAACAUAUCUGGUUUUGGUUCCCUCAAGAGCUGUGUUUCUGUCUGUCACCUGUGUACUGGCCCCAUGUCUACCACCCUGGCCCUUGUCACUCCUGCCCCCCUGGUCUUUUGGAGUUCGUGACACGGAUCUGAAAUGGAUGUGUUCUCUUUCGAGCAAAUAAGAUUGUUAGAGUUAAAUCCCAGCUAUCCAGUUUUCUAACAUAGCUCUAAGGUCCUCAUUGCUGUUUGUGAUAAUUGAUACAUAACUCAUUGGAAACAUGUGCAUACAUUUAUAUUCAGAUGAAAUUAUGGUUUGCACUGUCUAUUAAAUAUCUCGAUUUAAUUUUCA